UCACACACUCAUCUACAUCAUGACCUUCACAAUCUUCUCCAUCACCUGCCUUGCUCUGGUGGCCUCUGCUCUGGGUUGUGGAGUUCCUGCGAUUAAACCACAGACGAUCGGCAGCAGGAUUGUGAACGGACAGAAUGCCAUCUCUGGUUCUUGGCCCUGGCAGGUCUCUCUUCAGCUCGCCAAUGGUUUCCACUUCUGCGGAGGGUCCCUGAUCAACCAGAACUGGGUUCUCACUGCUGCCCAAUGCGCUGUCGAGGUCGGCUCUCACCGAGUCAUUCUUGGAGAACAUAAUCGUGGAUCCAACGAUGAACCCAUCCAGAUCCAACUAGUUUCCAAGGUCAUCACCCAUCCGCACUACAACAAGGCAACCUUCAACAAUGACAUUGCUCUUCUGAAACUGUCGUCUCCAGUCACAUUUACUCCUCGUAUCUCUCCUGUAUGUCUGGCUCCAUCAGAAACCAGCAUUGUGCCUGGAACCCGCUGCUUCACCACUGGCUGGGGCCAGACUGCCACCACAACGAGUCCUGAGAUCCUGCAGCAAACAGUUGCACCCAUCAUAAGUACUGAUGUGUGCAGACAGAUGUGGGGUCAGAGCAGAAUCACUGAUGCCAUGAUCUGUGCUGGGGCCUCCGGUUCCUCAUCUUGCCAGGGUGAUUCUGGUGGUCCUCUGGUGUGUGAGAAUUCAGGGGUCUGGACUCUGAUGGGCUCUGUGUCCUGGGAAAGAAGCACUUGUGACCCCCGUUUCCCUGCAGUCUAUACCAGCAUCUCCCAGCUGCGUUCCUGGAUCAACAAGACUAUUGCUUUCAACUAGAGCACCAGUCUGAAUAUUUAUUUCCUGUCUUUGAUUCCCCGUUGGUGGUCUUUCUCUUUAUGGGUUUGGGUCAGUCAAUGACUUCAUGCUGUGGUCUGUGACUUCAUAUUGUUUUCCUGUUUCAGCUGCACAAAUAAUGUUUCAAUAAAUGAGUAUAAAUA